CAGCCCUAGCCAGUAUAAUUGCGCGAUAUGCUUUCAUGGGCAGCCCGCUAUAUAUGCUCACGGUAGGCCCGGCUCGGGAACCGAGUCCCAUCUCCUUACUUUCUAGUCGAAUUUUUAUUUCCCUUCCACUCUCUUUCGAACCUCCUAGUGAGCAGACAGCCGUUGAACGGUUCAUUAUCAUACGUUUUAAUCUAAUACACGAGAUUCCUUUUCCUGUCGGUCAUUACCUCGUAGCGUCCUCACCGGUUCUUCAGUAGCAAAUAUGUUGUUCUUCGCUAGUUCCAUCCUCCUCGCCGCAGUUGCCAGUGCGCGGCCAUCUCGGAUAUUGUAUAGAGACGCGCCGGUCGACGUUGGGGGGUUCAAGGUUCUAGCAGCUAAUAGGAUAAUUCCUGUUGUUGUUGGUGGACCACAGGAUACUUUCGUGCCCAACACCGUGAAGGCAUCCGUUGGGGAUAUCAUACAGUUCCAGUUCAGCAACGGUAAUCAUACCGUAACUCAGAGUGCUCAGAACGCUCCGUGUACGCCUCUCGAAGGCGGUAUCCAUAGCGGACAUAUUCCAUUUAAAGAUGGGCAAACCACUGUUGGCACUUUCAACAUGCCUGUAACAAACGCCGACGCUUUAUUUCUAUACUGUGCCACGGGACCCCAUUGUCAAGAAGGACAGGUCAUGGUUGUUAAUCCUGCGGAUGACCAGCAGAUCGUGGACUAUGCUAAGGGGUCGCAAUCGACAACAGCUAGUGUCGACGGGACCACGGUAAUAGGCGGGACAGUUGCUUCUAUCCCCCUCGAUGCCGCUGCUUUCGUUCCCGCCCCCGCGCAGCAAGGAGCCCCAGCUGGCGCGCCUCCAGCUGCUGCUGCUCCCGCAGUUCCUGCACCUGCAUCAUCUGCUGCUACUUCUGUCCCUGGAACAACCACAACUACUAUUACCGUACCAGCGGCGACUGCUUCUGCAGCUCCCGCUGCCUAAUUGCGCUGGUCGAAGCCGGUCGGGAUGGUAUAUUAAGAGAAUGGGACGGCGUUUUGAUCCUAGAUAAUUGGGUUAGGCAAUGGGUGGGCAUGUAGAUUACCUAGGUAUAUCAUCUUGGUGGAUUAACAACAUACACCGAGGCAAGCCAACUGGAAUGAUACUCAAAUUCGACGAAUCUCUCGGAUGCCCCUAGAAGCUCUUUGGCUUGGACUUUGGAGUUUCUUACUUCUGGCUUCGAAGGCCUUUACUUUACUUUCAGCGUGAUAUGUUUGUUAUGUUCCUUCA